UUGGGCUGGGCUGGGCUGGGCUGGGCUGAAGAACAAUGACAUACGAAGAAAGAAGACUCAGCCCCUGCACGACCUGGGCAAAAGGGAGGGAGCUGGAAGGGCCUGACCAGAGGCCCGGGGUGCCGGAGCUGGACCCAGAGCUCCCACGGCGGCCAUCCCUUCCCCGGGCUGGGUCAUGCGCUGCCCCAAGUGCCUUCUCUGCCUGUCAGCACUGCUCACGCUCCUGGGCCUCAAAGUGUACAUCGAGUGGACAUCCGAGUCUCGGCUGAGCAAGGUCUAUCUGGGACCCCAGGGCACCCUGCCAGGCCCCUCGCCAGCCAGUCCUGAGCCCACCCUGCCAGCUAACCUCUCAGCCCGUCUGGGCCAAACUGGCCCACUGCCCUUGGCUUACUGGAACCAGCAGCAGUGGCGGCUGGGGGCCCUGCCCAGUGGGAACAGCACUGAGGAGGGAGACUGCCGGGCUUGGGGGGCUGCCGCGGCUGCUGAAAUCCCCGAUUUCACCUCCUACCCUGAGGACCUCCGCCGAUUCUUGCUGUCAGCAGCCUGCCGGAGCUUCCCUCAGUGGCUGCCUGGAGGUGGCCGUGGCCAAGUGCCCAGCUGUGGGGAAACCAAUAUCCCCUACCUGCUGCUGGCUGUCAAGUCGGAACCAGGGCGAUUUGCUGAACGACAGGCCGUGAGGGAGACCUGGGGUGGUCCCGCUCCUGGAAUCCGCCUGCUCUUCCUGCUGGGGUCCCCAGUAGGUGAGGGGGGUCCUGACCUAGGCCCUCUGGUGGCCUGGGAGAGCCACCGCUACAGUGACCUGCUGCUCUGGGACUUCCUGGACGUUCCCUUCAAUGAGACACUCAAGGACCUGCUGCUACUGUCCUGGCUGGGCCACCACUGCGCUGGUGUGAGCUUCGUCUUGCAAGCUCAGGACGAUGCCUUUGUGCACACUCCUGCCCUGCUGGACUACCUGCGGGCCCUGCCACCCAGCUGGGCCCGAGGCCUCUACCUGGGUGAGGUCUUUUCCCAGGCCAAGCCCCUCCGGAAGCCUGGAGGACCUUUCUAUGUGCCCAUGUCCUUCUUUGAAGGUGACUACCCGGCCUAUGCCAGCGGGGGUGGCUACAUCAUCGCUGGGCGCCUGGCACCCUGGCUGUUGCAGGCAGCAGCCCGUGUGGCACCGUUCCCCUUCAACGAUGUCUACAUUGGCCUGUGCUUCCGUGCUCUUGGCCUAGCGCCCAGGGCCCACAUAGGCUUCCUCACAGCCUGGCCAGCAGACCGCAGGGCUGACCCCUGCGUUCUCCGUGACCUGCUGCUGGUGCGACCCAUCAGACCCCAGGAGAGCCUUUGGCUCUGGAAACACCUGCAGGACCCUCAGCUCCACUGCUGAGCCUCAGUGGGGUUGGGCGGGGAGGGUCAACCUGGCCUGGGCCAGGGCCUCAGUGCCUGCCUCUUGCCUGCCCCUUGCUCAGCCUCUCUGUGAGGAGGUCCUAGAAUCACGACUGCUUGAGCCCCUCCUGGGCUGGCCCAGGCUAUGGGACCGAGCAGCAGGAGGCAGAGGACUGUUUCUGUCUACUUUUUGUUUUUGAAAAAUAUGAACAACCCACUCUGAGGCUUAGAGUUGUCUUUGUGCCUAUGGGGCCCUGGGAACUUUAUAAGAGCAGAGCUCAGCCACCCAUACCCUGCACACCCUGACCUUUAGACUAGACACCCUCCCCACCCCUACUGGACAGGGCCAGCUCCAACAGCCUCCUGGUCACCUUGCUGGACACCAGGUUUGCCUCACUCCAUGGGAGAGCAGGAGUCCAACUCUGGAACAUCCCAACCACCCUGUCUGCUGAAGCUGGCCCCCCACCUUGUGAAAGUUUCCAGGGAAGUAGAUACCUCAACAGCCUUGGCCUUAUCCAUCUAACUCAGUGGUUCCCCACGUAGGGCACGUGCCCCACAGGGGGGCAAUUUGAUUUUUAAGGGGGCAAUUUGAGAAUGAGUUAUUAACAGUAAAUGUUUUGCAUCUUUAUGGUUCUAGGAGCCUCAUAUACAGUAUGUAAGUACAUAUUGUGACAUAUUUAUGCAUUCCAGUUCUCUUGUUUUGAAACUUUGCUA